AAAACUCUUAUAAUUCUUACAAGUGCUUAACUUGUCAAGUAGAUCUAUUAUUUGGAUACUUUUAUAUUUUGAAACCUUCCAUUGAUUCUGUGACUUCUAUCACACAACCUCUUUUCUCUCUUUGGAAUUUAAAUUAAAAAAGUAUUUAUGGUAGGCGUCCGAAGAAAUAUGUUACGUAGACGAUGAUCUAAAUUUUGUAGAAAAUUAACGAAAAAGGAUUAUGUGAUAACCAUUGGUACUGAACUUUUAAUAUAAAAAUGAUUGGUACAUUCAUGUAACACUUUUUUAAAAAAAUAUGUAGCCUGUAGGUAUAUAAUGGCUUUACUCGGAUGUCAUGUAAACCAAAUCAUGUAUAAACCAUGCAAAAAGGGGCAAAUCCAUCAAAUGAAAAGAAGAAGAAAAAAAACGGUGCGAUGUCUUGACUCUUGACCAUGGUUAAAGCGUACCUGACUGGACUUUAUAAUCCAUCUAACCCUAGUUAAAAUCCUCCACUAUAUAAGAAACAUUCUCACUGUCCCCAUCAUCACCAACUGUUUCUUCUCUUAUGCUCUCACUAGCUAAAAACCCCUAAGUUCUUCUUCAAGAAAAUGGCUAUUGAUAUGUAUCUUUCCUUCGCUUCUCGAUCUGGAUCUUCUUCAUUUCUGAGUCUCGAGCUUUGUCUCAGCAUUUUCCUCUUCAUCUCCCUUUUCGUUUUCUGGUUGACUCCAGGUGGCUUUGCUUGGGCACUCUACAAAGCUCGUUUCCAUACCCGACCUGAGUCCAAAACCGGACCCGCCAUUCCCGGCCCGUCUGGUCUCCCCAUCUUUGGCCUCCUCUUGGCUUUCGUCAAUAACGCCUUAACACACAGAAUCCUCACCAAUAUUGCUGACACUUGCAAAGCAAAAGCUCUCAUGGCGUUUUCCGUCGGGUCGACCCGGUUUGUGAUAACCAGCGAACCGGAGACAGCAAAAGUGCUUCUUAACAGCUCUGCUUUUGUAGACCGGCCAGUGAAAGAGUCGGCUUACGAGCUGCUCUUUCAUAGAGCCAUGGGGUUUGCUCCCUUUGGUGAUUACUGGAGAGAGCUGAGGAGAAUCUCUUCUACUCAUCUCUUCAGCCCUAAGAGGAUCUCCAGUUUUGGCGAGUCCCGCCGAAAAAUCGGGCAAGACAUGGUAGGAGAGAUCAAGAACUCAAUGGAGAGUUAUGGAGAAGUGCAUAUAAAAAAGAUCUUGCAUUUCGGAUCACUCAACAACGUGAUGUCUAGCGUUUUUGGUAAAACGUACAACUUCAACGAAGGUAUUGUCUACUCUAAAGAGAGCAUUGAGUUGGAGCAUUUGGUGUCCGAAGGCUAUGAGCUGCUCGGAAUCUUCAACUGGAGUGAUCAUUUCCCUGGAAUGAGAUGGUUAGAUUUACAAGGCGUGAGGAGAAGAUGCCGUAGUUUGGUCGGUAAAGUGAAUGUGUUCGUCGGUAAGAUAAUCAACGACCAUAAAUCAAAGAGGUCUCUUCGUGAUAAUCAAGAAGAGAGCACUUAUGAUGAUGAUUUUGUCAAUGUCUUACUUGGCAUGCACGGCAACAGCAAACUUUCUGACUCCGAUAUGAUUGCCGUCCUUUGGGAAAUGAUUUUUAGGGGAACAGACACGGUGGCGAUUCUAUUGGAAUGGAUCCUUGUGAGGAUGAUUCUUCACCCUGACAUUCAAGCCAAGGCGCAGGCCGAGAUCGAUGGUAUCGUGGGUGACCCGGAACGUCAAGUAUCAGACUCAGACCUCUCCAAGCUCCCAUACGUUCGUGCCAUCAUCAAGGAAACCCUAAGGAUGCACCCACCUGGUCCUCUCCUCUCAUGGGCUCGCCGGUCCAUUCACGACACUCAAAUCGGAACCCACUUUAUCCCCGCAGGAACCACUGCGAUGGUAAACAUGUGGGCUAUAACCCACGAUGAAAAGGUCUGGCCGGAAGCUCAUGAGUAUAAACCAGAGAGGUUUCUUGGUGCACAAGAAAUUGAUAAUUUCCCCAUCAUGGGAUCUGAUCUGAGGCUUGCUCCCUUCGGUGCUGGACGUAGGGUCUGUCCCGGCAAGACGAUGGGUCUAGCCACCGUGGAGCUAUGGCUAGCUCAGUUGCUAGGAAGCUUCAAAUGGGUCCCAUGUGGUGAAGUGGAUUUGAGUGAGACUUUGAAGCUCUCUUUGGAGAUGAAGAACACUCUUGUCUGCAAGGCAAUCCCUAGGGUUUAAGUAGGGUUUCAUAGACAACUUUGUUUCUCUCUCUCUGGGUUGUCUGAUUUCCCAUGUGAGAUGUCUUAAUUAGUGACUUUCUUUUCUUUUUUUUUUUGCUAAAUUUAAUUAGUGACUUUCUUUUUUUGUCACCUCCACAUCUAAAUAAAAGUCAAAUUA